UGAACCUGCUACCGUGUUUUUUUCUACUUCCAGGGCCUGAUGACCUUCCAGGCUCUCUUGACCUUUGAGGAGGUGGCUGUGUUUUUCACGGAAGAGGAGUGGUCCCUUCUGAAUCCAAGCCAAAGGGCUCUGCACCGGGAAGUCAUGGAGGACAAUUAUGAGACAGUGGCCUCGCUUGAGUCAGACCUCAAUUCCUGUUGGAAAGGAGAAGAUCUGUUGGGAAGGAGAGGAGAGACAUCAUCAGAUGAUGUAGAAAACAACGAGCUACAUCGGGAACCAUAUAUGGUGUCAUCAGCAGCAGCCAAGCCUGAAGUUGGAAAAGAGAUGCUUGGAAAUCACAAGGGACCCAGAACGCCUGAAAAAAGGACAUACACUGCGAUGAAAUCAUUUACAUGUAUGGAGUGUGGAAAGAGCUUCAGUCUGAGCUGUAACCUUAUUACACAUCAGAAAACCCACGCAAGGGAGAAACCAUUUAAAUGCAGGGAGUGUGGAAAGUGCUUUAAUAGGAGGAGUAGCCUUUGCAGACAUUUGAGAACCCACACGGGAGAGAAACCAUUUGAAUGCAUGGAAUGUGGGAUGAAAUUUAGAGCAAGCAGUAACCUUACUGAACAUCAAACAAUCCACACAGGGGAGAAACGGUAUCAGUGCAUGGAGUGUGGAAUGAGAUUUAGAGUGAGCAGUAAUCUUACUACACAUCAAAGGACACACACCGGGGAGAAGCCAUUUAAAUGCAUGGAGUGUGGAAAGAGCUUUACGCAGAGCAGUAAACUUACUGUGCAUCAAAGAAAACACUCGGGGGAGAAGCCGUUUAAAUGUGUGGAGUGCGGAAAGAGCUUCACACAGAGCGGUAGCCUCACUAAACAUCAAAGAACCCACACACGGGAGAAAACGUUUGAAUGCAUAGAGUGUUGAGAGCACCUGAGUCUGAGUAGUCACCGUACUCAUCAUAAAAGAACUCACAGAGAGGAGAAGCCAUUUAAAUGCAGGGAGUGGGGAAAGAG